AUUAAUCUCUUGAUGAUAACAUGCAGUAAUAUACAUGUCACGAAGGUAUGAAAUAUUUGGUUGUCAAGUGGGUUUGUUUGCUUAUUGCGACCUAGAAGAAAGUGAUGAUGAUAGAAUAUGUGAUUUUUAUAGCUGCAUUAAUAUACGUAAAAGAAACGAAGGGACAUGACCUUGGAGUAGAUUGUGUUGUUGCUAUUCCAGAACAAAGUUUUAUCCUCGACAGAUUAAAUUGCCCAAAUAAUACAGCAACACAGGAUCGACUACAACAAGUUCGUGCAUUGUUUGAUACUCAUAACAUUAAUGCCUACAUAAUAACCAUAGAGGAUGUCCAUAUGCAAUUCACGACAUCUUUGCAUGAUAGACGAUUACAGGCAGUAUCCGGAUUUUCUGGCGUUAUCGGUAUCGGAGUUGUAACAAGUACUAUGGCAGCUAUUUGGACUGAUGGAAGGACUUUUAUACAAGCAACUGAGGAAGUGGACUGUGGUUGGGAGAUCUACAGGAAAGGUGGUCCUAACACUACAUCGGUUACUGAUUGGAUAAAAGAAAAGGUUGGUGAUAAUGCCACAAUUGGUUCCAAUCCUAGUCAUAUGUAUUCAGUUUGGUGGAAGAACUUUGAUUUUGUGUUAAGCAAAAACAAUCUCACACUUAAAGCCAUUGAACCAGAUUUGGUAGAUACGAUUUGGACAUCAGAUAGACCUCAACAACCAAGUACUGAUAUCAAUGUUCUAGACAUUAAAUAUGCAGGACGAAAAUGGGAAGACAAACUUAGAGAUGUUAGAAAAGACAUGACUCAAUUAGGUGUCGACGUUCUUGUGACAACCGGGUUAGAUGAAAUAGCAUGGCUUUACAAUAUCCGAGCCAGAGAUAUAGAGUAUGAACCAUACCCUUAUGCUUUUUCUAUUGUGCAGCAUCAAACUACUAGUUUAUAUAUUAUGGACAGUAAAUCAAAGCUAUCCCGUCCUAGUUCAGAUCCAGAAAGCUUAGUUACUCUGAAAGAGCACAUGAAGACGAACAAUAACGGACAAUGUUACAGAUCAUGUGUGCAAGUCAGGGAAUACAACCAUUCCAGUUUUAUUGAGGACAUUGUAAAAAUAGCUAAACGGAGAGAGAUAAAGAAAAUCAUGGUGUCGUUCUCCUGCAAUUACAAAAUAUAUUCUUCAAUUCCUGAGGAAAAGUUAUACCAAGGAAUCCCACCAACACUUGCGCAUAAAGCAAGGAAGAAUGAUGUAGAACGAAUGGGAAUGAGGCAUGCUGUUUUAGAAGAUUCCGUGAAAAUGGUUUCCUUGUUUGCUAGAAUGGAAAAAGAGAUUUCUGAAGGAAUUCCAUGGACAGUGUAUAAAGCAACUAUAGAAGCUAUACAUGCAAGAAGGGAAUUGGAUCUGUACAGAGACGAGAGUUUUCUAGCUCUGGCGGGCAGUGGUAUAUCAACUGUACCUCUACUAGCGUAUCCUGUGGAAAAUGCAUCUAGACAUCUUGCUACGUCUGAAUCAUUUCUACUGGAUUCUGGAGGACAGUAUUUGGAUGGAACAAGUGAUUUGACCAGAACAUUCCAUUAUGGUAUUCCAUCGGAUCAUGAAAAGGAAAUAUAUACAAGAGUACUGAUGGCACAUCUCAACCUUGCUAUGCACAAGUUUCCUGUGGGUCGAACCGGAAAAGAAAUAGAUUCGGCUAUUAGACAACCACUUUGGGAGAUCGGAGUUGACUAUCCCCAUGAAACAGGCCAUGGUAUUGCUCAUUAUGGCGUAGUUGUAGAAGGUCCAGCUCGUAUAUCAAGUUCUAGAGCUAGCUACGCCAGUGACAUACCCCUGGAAACCAAUUUCUUUGGAUAUGAACAGACUCAGCUUCUACAUAUACCAGAUCCAGCUGAUUAUCCAGUUGAGGAGGAUAUGUGCUUCUCUAAUGAACCUGGAUAUUAUGAAGUGGGAAAAUUUGGUAUGAGAUUAGAAAAUGUAGUCAUUGUGAAAAAAAUGAACAGAAUGGUAAGUUUUUAAACUUUAAUUUGGAAUUUGCAUGAAUCUGGCUGGCGAAAAAUGAUGGAGUAGACAGGAAAUUAACAGAUAGGAAAGACAAGUGUACAAAAUUAUCACUUGCAAAAACGCAG